AUGAACGAAGCGAAGAAGUGCACAGAUCAACACCCCCCGGAAGAAGACCUCAAGUUUGACGGUCUCUUUAAUACCAAGGAAAGUAGCAGCGAUGGAAAUUUCGAAAACUUUUCAAACAUAGCAUCCAUGAACUUUGCUCGUCUGGAGAAGGAGUUUCAGAGGAUCUACAAAGACCCUUCGCAGGAUGAGCCGCCAUCAGUCAGUGAGUCGAACGAUGCGAAUGAAGGUGAUUACUUGUGUAGGAAGGAGGGGGGGAUCCACGUGAUGGUGAACCAUCCAAGUGAGGAAACGCUACACACACAGCGCACUGAAAUGCACAACGAGAGUUCGGUCGGAUGGGACAGCUCAAAGGGGGAAGGAGAAAAACCUACUGAACUUUUUCGUGAAAAACGUACUUAUCCAUGUGGAGAAAAACGUACUUAUCCAUGUGGAGAAAAACGUACUGAUCAUUGUGGAGAUGCCUUGCCAGCCCAGUUUGGGACGAGCGAACCCACGGGGCUAAUCACUCACAGCGAGGUGAACUUCCCUUCGACUAACUCCAUUGAAAAAAUUUUAAAGAGCAUCCAGGAGGACAACAUUUUAGGGACAGGUAGAGGGAAAGAUGGAAACUCCGGUGGAUGCAGCUCGAACGGUAUUGCAGGUAAUGAGAUUGACGUGCUUGGCACGGUUAACCCGGUUGACACGGUUAAUCCGGUUAGCGCGGUUAAUGCGGUUGACGCGGUGAAGGGUUCUCACCCGACGAAUGUUGCACUGUCCGCUUCGUCGACCUGUUCAUGCCGCCUCUGGUGGGAAGACAAACCUUUCAUAUACCACUGGGAACGCGGCAUGAACAGGAAGGAGGUACAGCGGUGUGUGCACAAUUUCUGUAUCAACAUAGCGAAGGAAGAUUUCUAUCUCGCGCGUCUGGAGAGACUUGCCGAAGACAACCUCUUCAAGGAGAAAGAAAAAAACAUACAGAAAAUACAACUAAAAGGGAAUACCUAUGCCUAUUACAAAAUAUGCGAACGAUAUGAGAAAGACUCAUUGGGCGAUGUGAAAGGUAAUGAGGAAUACCUAAUAAAAAGGAAGAACCACGUGAAGGAAAAACUUAUGGAUCCUCUCAACUUCCCGGAGGUAUUGAGGGCCAUAGAAUACACAAAGGAAGGGAGUAACCUGCUUAAACAUACCAUGUAUAGUAUUCCUCAUUUACGAUUUUUCUUCGUAAGUAAGGAUCUAAAUUUCAUUAAAUGGUUUUCAUCUAGGAAGACAGAUGAGCAGUGCAAGAUCCAUUUUCAAAAAAUCAACAGUCUCGAAGUAAAGAUUGUGCAUGAAGAUAUGUUGGAAAAUUUGAAGGUCGAUAUUUUGAAGAGACUAUCCUUUUCCAUUGUAUACAUGAAUGAAAAGAAGAAGGUAACGCUCACUUGUAAGAGUUUGCAAGAGUUUAACUACUGGGUUACCACCAUCAGGGCCCUCAUGUUCCGCUCCAAGAAAAUGAAGACCACUCGCGGCGUCUUGCUCUCGCAUGUCAGUGGAGGCGACUUGUACGAAAAGGAAAAGGAGAACAACACACUCACGGGGGAAUGGCCAAAUAUCACUGCAAAUUAUACAGGGGAUCAGAUACACGUGGGAAGGACCCAUCUGCGUGAAGUCAACUCUUCCAGAUCUUCUCUACCAUUUGCAGAGGAAGGCUCCGUCAAAUGGAACCCGUACCACGGAGAAGCGAAAUCCAACAAGAUAUUCGAAUUAGAAAGAGAAAAAUCUUCAAGGAAGAAGGAGCUUCAUCCGACAGAGGAGGGGAGGAAUUCCCUUAAGUCAUUCCAUUUGUAUAAACUAAUUGUCUUCCCAGAGUAUAACCUCUAUCAGGUAAAGACGAAGUUUUAUCUGCUCAAGGAGAGGGCGUACAAGUAUAGAAUAUUAAUUGAGAAGGAAAUUGAUGAGUACCAGAUGGAUAUCGACUUGGGGGGUGGACUAUCAGAGCAGAGUGGUCACCGCGACCGGGGGGAAAAUAAUUGUCCUGAUAAUCGAAGUGACCCCCCAGUGGAGGAUACCGACCGAGAGAAUGCCACAACUCUCCACAAAAAUUCAUCCCCUCUUCACCACUGCAACGUUCGUGGCAAUAUCAGAGAUGAAGAGGCAAACAAGGAGGUCCAAAGGAGGACGAGGAGCAGACCUACCUCCGAUGAGAAGAACAACGAAACGUGGCCUAGCAGUUCGUCUCCCCAUGUAACCCUGCCAGAGCUAUAUACACUUAACAAGGAAAUAAAUUUAACUAUUCGCGAUGGUGGGAAGUUGACCGACAAAAUUGCACCUAGCGUAGCAGACGGAGGGGGAGAUGGAAACCCCAUGGAAGGGAAUCUUGAAAACGAACCCGAGGAAGACACAGACCAGUUUAAGCUCCAACUCAUUGUUAAAAUAUAUAAUCGCAUCGACAAGAAACUUAAGAAUACUCAAAAGGAUAUCAUGCACCUUGUGAAGGUUGUGAAGAGGGAGGAAUCGAAGAAACAGCCACGCCCACAGGGGGGGAAUAGCAGUUUCUCCUUGGAACACAUAUGGAGGUGCACCACAGAUGCGUACCGAACGUUGGAGGGCAAGUUUUACAAAACAGGGGAAGGUCGCUUCGGAGGGGAUAACCGCUACUUCCGUUCCAACGAUAUACACACCGAACAGAGAAAAAACGAACUGCCAAGAACGGAACUGCACAAACGGGAGUUGCAACCUGAUUCAUCUGUGUCAAACGGAUGGAAUACGGCUACCAGCAACGACUCAUCUGAUGAACCCAACAACCAAUCCAGAAAACUCAUCCACGAUAUCCUCUUCGACAUGUGGUUGUGUGAAAUGGAGCUCGGCAACAUCGAAGAUAUCUACACCACCUAUGUGUGCAACUCCAAGCGGAAGAAGAAUUUUAUUACCAACAUGGAUGCUCCUGCCUUCGUGAAGAACAUUUCACAACAAAUAUCCAACACGAUAUUGCGCUACAUGAACUUGUGA